GCGCCUAUUUUUUGUUGGAAAUAGAUUAUCAUUUAUUUUUAACGAGCAUGAACUCUUCCAAAGAUAUUUCGGCUCAGAUAUUGAAGUGUGUUGAAGAGGCUACACAGGAAAUCUUAAAUUGUCAUGGAGUCACGGGAGGGGAUAAUGCAAUGUCGAGCACAACUGAACUCUUUCUAAAACUAUUUCCUACAAAUUUGGCAUUAGCCAUAAAUAGUGUUUAUUUUAAAGAAGAUGACAACACAUGUAGCACAGAAAUGGAUCAAACUAAAGAGGCAAUGGAACAUGAAAAAACUGUAAUGGAAAUAAUUGGCAAGAGAAGGCAAGGGACAACAGCGUGUCGAGAUGUACUAGAGAAAACUUUGGCCAUUGAGCAAAAAAGAAUGAUGGCUCUAGAGGUGGCUUCAGGAGUUGUUAAUGUGCAGAAGUAUGAGAUGCAGUCGGUGCCAUACAAGAAAGAAGAACUAAAAAUUGGGGCUAAGAAAACUUUGGAAAAUCUAAAAAGCGCUGCGAAGCAAGCUGUUGAUUUGAACUGUCGGGCUGAAGAACUCACUGAAGCAGCAAUAAUGUUAAGAGAAGCUGACACAACUGACUUUGAAUCAAUUAACUCAUUUUAAAAGUAUGUAUGUAACAUAAUAUCUUGAAUAAAUUUCUGUUUAUACGAA